CAGUGCAGUGUUAUUCAAUCAAAUGAUAAGUGGAAGCAAACGGCUUAUUGUGAGUUGCGGAUGUAGAAACCCAGCGACUGUGUUGCAGGUUGUUUGCUCAAGGACAGAGAUAAAAAAAAAUUGUCCCCCAAAUGCUCAGCUGCUCACUGUGCUGAGCGAGAGAACAGUCCAGAGUCUCCAUCUCAGUUGCAAUGUCGAGGCAAUCCGGAAUUCUGGUUCAAAAUGCUCAGCAAGUUGUCCUUGUGUGUAACAAUGGCGAGAAAUACUUAACAAGAAAAGCGAUGCAGGAUCUCGCAGUCCUUCACGAUGCCAGUUUAGUGAUUGGAAGAAAUGGUCUGAUUGAGGCUGUAGGUACUGUAGAUGCCAUCCAGUCUCAAUAUCAGGACACAGUGUUUGAUCGAGUAAUUGAUGCUUCUGGCAUGUGUGUGCUUCCAGGUCUUGUAGAUGCACACACUCAUCCCGUUUGGGUUGGUGAUAGGGUUCAUGAAUUUGCAAUGAAGCUGGCGGGUGCUUCCUACAUGGAGAUCCACAAUGCUGGGGGAGGGAUACAUUUCACUGUGGAACAUACCAGAAAGGCGUCCGAGGAGGAACUGUUUGAGUGUUUGAAGAAACGUCUGCAGCGCAUGAUCAGGGCAGGAAGCACUCUGGUCGAGUGUAAAAGUGGCUACGGCUUAAACCUGGAGACGGAAACCAAAAUGCUGAGAGUGAUUGACCGUGCUCGAAGGGAACUCGAUAUCGAUAUCUCUUCCACAUACUGUGGCGGUCAUUCCAUCCCCAAAGGGAAAACUGUAGAAGAAACAGUGCAUGACAUAACCAACACCCAGCUUCCCAAGCUGAAGCAGUUGAUGCUGAAAGGGGAAGUUCACAUCGACAACAUCGAUGUUUUCUGUGAGAAGGGAGUGUUUGACCUGGAAUCUACCAGCACCAUUCUCCAGGCCGGCAAAGAGAUGGGACUUCACAUUAACUUUCAUGGUGACGAGCUCCAUCCAAUGAAAGCAGGAGAGCUCGGUGCUAAACUGAAAGCUCUGGCGAUCAGUCACCUGGAGGAAGUGAGUGAUGAUGGCAUUAAUGACAUGGCCAUUGCAAAGUCAUCCGCUGUCCUCCUGCCAACAACUGCCUAUAUUUUGAGGCUUAAAUCUCCCCGAGCCAGGGACAUGCUUGAAGCUGGUGUGAUAGUCGCUCUGGGCAGUGACUUCAAUCCCAAUGCGUACUGUUUCUCCAUGCCGAUGAUCAUGCACAUGGCGUGUGUCAACAUGAAAAUGUCCAUGAGUGAAGCUUUGGCUGCGGCCACUAUCAAUGCAGCUUACUCUCUGGGUAGAUCUCAAACCCACGGCUCUCUGGAGGUGGGCAAACGAGGAGACCUCAUCAUCAUUAACUCACCAAGAUGGGAGCACUUGAUAUACCAGUUCGGAGCCCAUCAGGAGCUCAUCCAGUGUGUGAUUGUCAGAGGGAAGGUGGCCUAUGAAAACAAGAAUUGCCUUGGGUAUUAUUAACUUCAGACUUUCAAAUUCUCAACCACACAAACAUUUUGCCGACAAAACAAGACCAAGGUCCAUCCAGUUUGCCUUCCACCAUCCUGGCAGUCGCUUGACAUGCCGUGUUUAAUGUGUCCUGAGAUAGUAAUUCCUAACAGAAAUCUAUCUCAUUUGUCCUUGAAAGAAUCAACACUCAACUUAGUGAGAUUUAUAUGAUGCCCAACAUGAUCGUCAGGAGUUUAGAAGAACAUGAAGAUUGUAUAACAUUGUACCAGUAUGCACAUCCUGUCUUCCUUUCAAACCAGUUAUCUGUUGUGAUUGUAUGAAAUCCUGUAUUUAUACACAUUAAUACUGCGUAACAGAUAGGCAACUGAGAAGGUUUUCCAGCAUUGACCUUAAGAAUCAUUGUGUGUCUUUACUACUGCAAGGUGAAUUAUAACCAAAUCAUCAAACGUCAUAAUAAAUAAUAAUCCUUGCGUUUGAUACAGCUUUUCUCGUUGGAAGAAUGCCUCAAAGUGCUUCAUGGGAUAUACUGUAAAGUGUAGUGACUGUGCAAUUAAAACAUGAGGACAAAGGUAUAUAAA